AUGACAACGAUCAUCUCUGGCAUCAUGGACACCGACGAUACCGCCUCGCGUGAACAAGAAACCGCACACGAAUCUGACACUGCUCUGAAAGACAUCAGGGUUCUGUUCAAAGACUCACUGGAUAAGCCAAUCAUUCGCUGCUGGAAUGAAGCAGAAGUCUGUGAGAUCAUUCAUGACAACCAUGAGACCGUACAACUCGUCAGUCUUGAGAAUGAUGUUGACGGUAAUCGCUACACUGCCACAAUCAACAAACGUCUGCUCACUCGCUUUUCACCCUAUUUCAAGGCACUCUUGGAAGGUGGAUUCAGCGAAAGAACCAAGAAAGUUCUUUCGAUCGACUAUAAAGAUUUUUUUCUGCAAAGUCUUCAAGAUCGGCUAUGCACUGGAGAGCUCAGUAUUCUGGAGAAAUAUCCGCAUUUUAAGACCGGCUUUUACUUGUUCGCCGACUUCUAUAACAUCCCAGCUCUUCGUCGCGUGAUCAUGUCUGCAGCGGUCGCUCAUACUUAUGACAAGCCAUGGCACCCCAUCAACGCUGCAAGAGCUGUUGCUCUUCCGCCAUCACUGCCAUUGUACAAGUUCCUGGUUGAGACAUACGUCCGACAUCGCUGGAUGCAUGAAGAUCGUUAUCACGAGAUGUUUACAGUACAGUUCUGGGGAAUCAUGAGCGACUUCCCCGAGAUGAUCAACUUGCGCGUCUCUCACCACGGCUCCAUUAUUGAAAUCCACAAGGCCCUACUUAUCCGCUCCUCUCCAUACUACCGCGCUUUGUUCCAAGGCGGCUUCUCUGAUCGGGACCAGGAGGUCUUCGCCAUGGAGAUCUUGCCCGAAAACAUGAUCACAUUCAGAAAAUGGUUAUACGAUGGCGAGUUGACUUUGGGAGAAGACAUUGAUGACUAUCAACACCUCAUACGACUUUACAUCUUCGCUGAUUACUACGACUUCCCAGCUCUUCGACGCGCAAUCAUGUCUUUGUUCGUCCUCCACAACAAAGAGCAUAACGAUCAUCGCGUGCCACACUUCCCGUUGAUGAAAGAUUGUCUCUCUCAACUUCCCCCUACCCUCGCCACUGUAUCGCUGGUUCGUUGA